AAUUCAAACUCGCCUGCUGUUCCGGUAGGAGAAAGAGGAAUGACUGGUCUCAUCGUUCUGAGUUUCACAACUGCAGGAGAAUAAAGGACGUAUGAUAAACUCAAAACUGACAUAAUAUGAAGACAGUCACCACGACAACCUGAUCACACUGAUAUGAACAGGAUGAGACAAAGUCCACGAAGACCCUUAAUCCUUAAGAGGAGGAAGCUGCCAUUUCAUAGAAAUGAAGCUAAUGGACCACAGACCAAGACCGCCCCAACACCCAGUGCUCAAUCCUGUCCAGAUGGUAUUUGCGUCAUGGACCAUCCUGCUAUGCCUAACACACAAGUGGUUGUCAUACCAAAAACUGCAGAUCUUCAGAGUGUAAUUGGUGCACUUACUGCAAAAGGAAAGGAACACGGUGCACAGGGGCCAAACAAGUUCAUUUUGCUAAGUGGCAACAGUGGUUUUGAGAAAGGAUCUGGUGCCACCUCAACGUCUGCACCAAUCACCUUAAAAAGCAGUCUUGAACCGAAGAAAUGUCUGUCUGAAAGUGUGAUGAUGGAUUCCAAACCUUUGAUGAACAGAGGAAAUUUGAAAACAGAAGCAGAGUGCAGUCCGUUAGAUGAGAGCCUGACAAACAUCCAGUGGUUGGGAAAAAUGAGCUCAUACCCUGAGCCAGCAAAGAAAGGAUCUACUAUAGAGACUCCAGGUGGUGUUUUACAGCAUCCCCAGUUCAGGCAUCCAGAGGAAGAUGUGGUUGCAGGUAAAGAAAUUCCAUUAGAAAGACCACCCUACUCAUACAUGGCCAUGAUCCAAUUUGCAAUCAACAGCAAUGAAAACAGGAGGAUGACUCUAAAGGAAAUCUAUAACUGGAUAGAGGACCAUUUCCCCUACUUCAGAAAUGUGGCUAAACCAGGCUGGAAGAAUUCUAUUCGCCAUAACCUCUCCUUGCAUGAUAUGUUUGUUCGGGAGACCACGCCAGAUGCUAAGAUUUCUUUUUGGACCAUUAAACCAGAGGCAAAUCGUUGUCUGACUUUAGAUCAAGUAUAUAAGCCUGUGAUUGAACCAGCCCUUCCUUUCUCUCAGACCUUGCAGGUCUGUUACCAACAACAACAGAAACGAGUUAUGCCUGAGCUUAGAAAAGCUCCACCGGGCACCACAGAGAGGAAGAUGAAGCCUCUUCUGCCUCGUACAGACUCGUACCUAGUGCCCAUUCAGCUUCCUCUGACUCAGUCACUGAUCCUGCCCUCCACUCCAGCUUUCCCACUGUCUACCCCUCAGCACAGUUCUAGCUCCAGCAGUGGAAGCAAGAGGGUCCGCAUCGCUCCCAAGGUUAUGCAAGGCGAAUCAAGCUCAUCUUCAUUGUGUACUCCAUCUUUGGAAGUGAAGGAUGAGUCUGUCUGCGUUUCCAUCAGUACUGAGUCCUGCAGCCGCAGUAGAAAGGAGAUAAGCAGCUCUCGUCGUAAGCAGCGUCUAGUGCCGCCCUCUAAAGAGGAGCCCGUCCUGCUCCUCCCCGACAGCACUUUCUUUGACUCGGGUGUCGCCUCGGACAUCUCCACCUUCCAGGAAGUGGAGGUAGAGGCAGACGCAGACCCAGAGCCCUCAUGCCAACCACAGCCUGAAAGUGAAACUUACAUUUUUAAAACACCAAUCAAGAGCAGUAACCCUGCUUCCUCCACACCCAGCAAGAUGGAACCCUGGAAGAUCACACCGCUCGGCAAAGGUGGUCGCAGCGUUCUGGAUUUCAGCCCGAUCCGUACACCUCAGCGGCAUGAGCAGGUGUCUUUGAGUUUCAGUAGCACACCCUUCAAAGAUCUGCCCUUAUUCAGUUCGCCCCGCGAGCUGCUCACGUCUUGUUCCCGAGAGGGGCAGUCAGGUGGUGCUAACCGCUCGUUCACGGAGGGCCUUGUUCUGGAUACCAUGAAUGACAGUUUGAGUAAAAUCUUGGUGGACAUCAGCUUUUCUGGCCUUGAGGAUGAUGACCUGGGCAUGGCAAACAUCAGCUGGUCGCAGUUCAUUCCGGACCUAAAAUAAGCCAUAUGAGGUCAUUUAUUUCUCUAUUCAAGCUGCUCACAUGCUUUCUACUGCCUCAGUAUCUGUCGUAUUUUUAUACACAAGCAUGUACCUUCCUCCUGUCUGCAAUAUUUUUGGAGCUGCAUGUCCAUCUUCAUAAAUGUGUUUUAAGUAAAAGUAUGCUUGUCCACUGCGCUUCGAAGGAAGGAGUGUUUGAGUAAUAUUAGCAUACACCCAAUAUUUUCUACUGCCCUCUAUAAGCUGCCCACACUAAUUUUCACAGCAUCUGUCUGUCUUCUAUGUGACUUUGAUAUUUAUAUAGAUUUUUCUUACUGCUUUUUUCUAACUGCCUGUUUAUUCUUGUAUAUGUGGCAAUUUUGAGUGUUUUCUCCACUUUUAAAAGAUAAUAGUGGGGAUAGUGUUAAAUGUAAGGUUUGAAGGAAUGUACU